UGAAAUAACCGCUCUCUCUAAUCAUUGGCCCCGGUGGUGCGGCACGACCUGAGGCCAGUGCAAAAAACAUUCAAAUAAUGUUUUAGUAUUAUCGCAAGAUAAGGGCCGCACGUGUUAAAGUUUUAUUUAAUUCAAUUAAUUUAUCAUCAUUAUUGCUGUUAUUAAUUUUUAAAAAUUACUAUUUUAGACAGUGAAAUUUUAAAUUACAAGUCUAUUAAUAACACCACUGUUUACUGUGUGUUUGUUUUUACGUUGACAAUCAGUGAAACGUACACUCACUUGGAUUACGCGUGUGCUUGUGUAUUUUCAGUUGUGUGCCUAUAUAUGCAUAUGGUGUUUAAAUAACCAGUGGUUAAAUACAUCAAUGUGUGGAUUAAAUAAUUGGAUAUACAGUGCUACAUCAAUGUGACGUUUGUGAGUUAAAUUACUUUUUCGGCGGUAAAAUUUUCAUAAAAACAAUCGAGUUUACUCGGUACUAACAGUUGUAAAUUAAUAUAUAUUUAUAUUUAUUAAUUAAUAUAAUUAAAGAAGUCAUAAAAAUGGAUUUAGGAGACAGAGUUUACGCUGCUGAACGGAUCACUAAGAAGAGAGAAAAGCGGGGGAAAAUCGAGUACUUUGUCAAAUGGAAGGGUUGGAGCAAGAAAUACAAUACAUGGGAGCCAGAAGAGAAUAUAUUGGAUGUAAGGCUGAUAGAGCUUUACGAAGAGAGUCAACGAGGAGGCGACGUUGUUACAAGAAGACCCAGACGGCGUGACACAAGAUACAACGUAAGAUACUGCUCUUUGUUGGAUGAUGAGAUAGAUGAAAAAGAAACAAGUACCAACGUGACUACUUUACAUCAACAGGAGCAGGUUUUGGCUAGUUUGGUGGUCGAAGAGGAGCCUGGUGGUGACGAAAGAGCCGGCGAGGAUAGUCAAGAUGAAACUGGUAGUACUUCGGCAGUAUCAGCGGCACCAAGUCGUUUAAAUUCAGUAACAACCGCUGCUGCUGCUGCUACUGCUGAUGAUGACACAUUACCUAGUUCACUUGAUGGUCAUGAUUCUCCAUCACCACCAAAGUUGCUGCCAGCGGCCGGAGCAGCUACUUCCUUUGGCGUCGACUCUGACAGCUCUAACAGCAGCGUUGACAUUCCACUGUUGCCCAGAAGAGAGCCCGCUGGUACAAAGAGGAAAGCCGAGGUAUUGAGUAAGGAAUCAGGUAAAAUCGGCGUCACCAUCACCACCAGUCCAAGCAGCGGAGGCGGCAGUCCACCACCACCGGCUAAUAAAAUACCAAGGCUACUUCCUAUAAAAUCUAAUUCAGCACCUUAUCACAAUCACAAAUUAAAUGGUAGAAGACCCUCGUCUUCGAGUGUAAAGUCGACACCAGAAGAACCUCUACCGGCAGUACCAACGACUCCAGCACCAGCAGUGCAGGAUAAAAAGCGGCCAGAGGCUGACGUACCUCAUGGUCCACCUCCGUCACUACCUCGGGCACAACCUGCCCCGCUAUCACCAAGAAUAGACACUCCUCUGGAGCAAGUUGAACACAAACCCAAGAAAAGGCCUCUGGAGAAAACAGAUAAGUCUAAUGGUACUGUCACCAACGGUGCCAAUGGACAUAAAUCGCCCAGUCCCACAGAUGCGUAUACUAAUAACAACAGGUUAACGUCUGUCGUAAACGGUCAUCAUGGUCAUAUUAAUAAUAACAAUAACAGUAAUCAUAAUAAUAAUAAUAAUAAUAAUAAUAAUAAUCAUAGUAACAAUAACAACAAUAUCAAUACUAGUAAUAAUAAUAUUAAUAACAACAACAACAAUAAUUUAAGUAACAUAAAUAAUAAUAACAAUAUUAUGAGUAUGAAACAACCGGACAUAAUAAAAUCAGAUUUGUAUAUUCCAUUGAGUAGUCCGGGUACUGAUUACUGGCACGCGAGAAACCCCGUUGCUGAUCAGGUAUUUAUUACUGACGUUACGGUUAAUUUAAAAACCGUGACUAUCAGGGAAUGCAAGACUGAAAAAGGAUUUUUUCGUGAACGAGAUCCUAAGAGCGAUAUUUAUUAACUGAGAAAAAAAAAACAAAAUAAUUAAUAAAUAUAGUUAAAGAUACAGUCUUAUUGUAAAUAUAAAUUAUUUUCACACAGAUAUACUUGAUCAUUGAACAAAGUGACGGCUAUGAUAAAAUAAUAAUAUUACUAUUUAUUUUGUCAAUUGAUUUAAGUAUUGUAACAAAUAUGUGGCCAGAUAUUAACGAAACCGAAGUAUGUAAUUGUUUUACACAAUUGUUUCACUUGGUUUGAGUGAUUGGAGACCUGGUUUAAUCAGAAUUGUAAAUAUCUGUAAGCUUGUUAGUCUUUAGAGGCGGGUGAUUUGGUAAAUAUAGAUUGUAAUUUAUAAAAUUAUCAAUUGUAUUUACUAUUAAUAUUAAUGUUACUAUUAUUGUAAAAAUAUUUUUAAGUUUUUUUUUUUUUAACAGUUGAUACAAUUUUCUUUAAACGGGCAAAUUAUUAAUGUAAUUUUCUAAUUAUUAUUUGGGCUGUUAAGAAGGAUAACUAUUCAAUUGGUUUCAAUUAAUUAACCAGCUAAUAGAUUUAUUCAUAAAUUAGGAGUUGGAUUCGUUGAUUUUAUUCGUAUAAUCAAUAGUUUUUUUUUUUUUUUUCUUUUUUUGUUAAAAUUUAAACGGUAUCCGUCUAAAUAUAUGUUAAAUGAAAAAUAGUUAUCGUUUGUAUAUUUUUUAAAAAUAAUUCAAGUUAUUUUCUUCACUUAUUAAAGUUUGUUAGUGUUUUUUUGAAUUAGAAGAAUUUGAGAUAAAGGAGCGAUAAUUAAAAUAAUAAAAACGUAUUAAUUGUUCCUUUUAAUUACGUUAUGUUUAUUUUUAAACAAUUUUUAUAUUGCACAAUUCAGUUUUGUUUUGUUCAGUAAUUGAAGCGACAAAAGGCGUAGGAGCUUAAAAAAAAAUAAAACUAAUAAUUAUUGUAAUAAAAAUAAUUAUUUAUUUCUUUAUAUUGUUAUUAAUUUAACUGAUUUAUUGAUCGUUGUGAUCAGAAUAUAAGUCUUCAUAAAAUUUUUAUUAUUAAGUGAAUCUUAAAGUUUUAAUACAAUAACCAAAUUGUUAUCAACUAUAUAUUCAGAAUAUUAUUAUUAUUAUUACUAUGAUUAUGUUUAUAAUUAUUGCUAUUUUAUUUAUAAAAAAUGUAAUAUACACAUGCAGAACCAGUGAAUCCGUGAUAUAGAUGAUUAUAGAUAAAUAUUUUACAUGCUAA